AUGCCAUGGAGCCAAAGGACUACAUUAACAACAUUCGCGCCAACAAGGGUACUCCAGACCAAGUUGGAGCAGAUUUCGAGAUUGUUUGUCCUGGUUGUGAGAAGCAUGGGCUUCUGGCAGAUUGCGACCUCGACUCAGUUCUACCUCUAUGGCAAGCGCCACUUUACUAGCAGCGGUUGGGAGAUGCACCAAGCGAGCUACGCCAAGCCGGACGUGCUGGAGUCUGCCUUGAGUCUCGCCGGGCGAGUGUACAUCGUGACGGGUAGCAACUCCGGUAUUGGCAAGGAGAUAGCACAAUUUUUGGCAACCAAAGGUGCCACUGUCUACAUGCUGUGCCGCAGUCAGCAGAGAGCAGAAAAUGCACGAGCCGACAUUGUCGCCAAAGCAGGAGGAGAUGCCCAGGAGCGCGUCCACAUCUUGUUGGCUGACUGCAGCUUGGAGACCGAAGUUCGCCGGUGCUGGGACGAUUUUUGCGAGCACAGCAUUGCAAAAAGUGGUGACCCAACGCGUGUGCGGCUAGAUGGCCUAGUCUGCAACGCAGGUGCUUUGGCCAACACAAAGACCAUGACAGCAGAGGGCAUCGAGCUGACGUUUGCUUCACACCUCCUUUUCGGCACAUACCUGCUCGGCAGCCUUGCCAUGCCAGUUCUGGAGGCCACAGAGGGCUCUCGCCUUAUCGUUGUCAGCAGUGGUGGCAUGUACAACACAGCGUUCCCCAAGUGGGAAGACGCUACCUCCACAGGAACUGCGAAGUAUGAUGGACAGUUUGCCUAUGCAUAUGCCAAGCGCGGGCAGGUACUUCUUUGUGAGCAGUGGGCAGAGCUUCAUCCCAAGGUGAAAGUGGUCAGUUGCCACCCGGGCUGGACAUCUACUCCGGCUGUGGAUGAAGCCUACGGCUCCAGCAAAUCUUACUUGGAGCCUAUGCGCAAUACAUGGCAGGGUGCCGAAGGCAUAAUUUGGCUUUGUGUGACAGAUCCGAGUGCCAUCGAGCCUGGUGCCUUCUACCUGGACCGGGAGCCUCAGGUCAAGCACAUGGGAGGAGCUUUCUUCACAGAGGGCACGAUUACCAAGAACUCUCCUGGUGAGGUAGCCGACAUGAUGCGAUUACUUGAGGAUUGGGCCAAUGGCCGCAGAGACUCGGAGCUGCGCGUGGCUUCUGCCCCACUGGCUGCGAUGACCUCGCCGAUCGAUCUGCCGCGCUUCAUGGGAACAUGGUACGUCAUAGCGAACAUUCCGACCUUCUUUGACAGAGGAACAACCCACAAUGUAGAGAACUACAAACUGGAUGACGGAGGACGGGUGGUGCACGUCGACUUCACCUACAGAAAGGCUGGCUCUGGCAAACCAGGGCUCCUACAGCAGCGGGCUGAGGUCGUGAAUGACGCAUGCACGCAGUGGGCCAUCUCACCCAAACUAGGUGUUUUCCUUCCUUUGAGGAUUGCGUAUUUGGUGGCGGACUGUGCAGAGGAUUACUCCACCACUAUUAUCGGAGUGCCCGACAAGUCUUACAUCUGGAUCAUGGCAAGAACGCCGACCGUAGACCAGGCAACUUACGAUGCUCUCUUGGCCAAGGCCAGAUCUUUCGGCUACAACACCUCAAGCAUCCUCCGAGUCUCGCAGGAGUGA